GUCAAAAUUGUUUGAGUUUUGAAUUGAGAAUUGAGAUAAAUAAAAAUGAGAUGAGAUGAUAGGUUAUUUUAUUAAAAGUAUAAAUUAGUAUACACAAUUUAAUUCUCCAAAAUUUUUUUUUGGUUAAAGCUAUUCGGUAUUUAAUUCACCGUUCACCAUCAACCAUAAAUUAAUGUUGUCUUGCUCAUACAGUAGUGUAUUGUUCCUUUUUUUAUGCAAGAAUUAAUUUGUUAAUAUGGAUAUGGAAGAAAAUGUGGAAUUUCCUAUUUCUGAUAUUUAUGACGAUUUCGAUAAUUUCGAUUUAGGAGAAACUGUGGAAAAGCUAAGGGAAGAGAAUGAAUCACUGAAGAAACACAUCAAUGAACAAAAUGAAGACAUGGAAAAAUUGGUUAAGGCUCUUAAUGAUAUGAAAACCACAAACGAAAAUUUAAAAAACAAUAUAUCAUCCUUAUUGUUGACAGCAAAGGCUGAAUUGGGAAGAAAAGACAAUACUAUAGCAGAUUUGAGAAGAGAUUUGGACAACAUUGCUUUUAGACGAUACAGAGGAAAUUUCCAAAAAUAUAAUGGCCAUAAUAAUGUAUCCCAAAAUCAAGAAUUCCAGGCAUCUACAUGUGAGAAUAACAAAGAAAAUAGAGAAAUGAUUCCCAAAAUAGAGAAAGUACCUUUGAUUAUAUCUACAAAUGAAUAUCAACAUUCUGUGGAAACUUCAAAUAAUUCACAGGCAAAUAGAGAGCAGAGUCUUGAUAAGUUACACAGUAGUAGAUACAACAAUUAUCAAGAAAGAGCUUUGAACAUUAAUAAAGAAACAAGAGAGACUGAAUAUUUAGAUCUUCCUGGACCUUUGUUUGUGGAAGAUCACAAUUCACAGAUAUAUGUAAAGCAAGAAAACAAAGAUAGAAAUAAAAUAAAAUAUUUACAAGAACAAGGCGAGUAUGACAAUUUAGAAAGAAAUCAUAAUCAUGUAGAUAAAAGGUGUUCUAAUAUAAAUCAAGAUAAAAAUGUAGAAAGAAAUUAUAAACUAGAAGAUGUGGACAGGCACAGAAGGCACAUAAACAAAAAUAACCUUACAAAUCAACAAGACAACCACAGAGAUUCAAGAUGGAAUAACAAAAAUACUAGAGACAGAAGUAGAUACAGGAAUGAUGAAGACAAAGAUCGAAGAAGGGACAGAAAUGGUUAUAGAAGGAAUAGCAAUAGAUUUGAUGGAAGAAGCAUGGAUUUGAGAUAUGAGGAGAGAAAAAGAGAGGAAUCUGAUGAACAGUUUUCAAGAAGGCGGUAUGACUAUCGCAAAGAUGGCAAAGCCCAUGGUAUAUAUGGUACAGACAGAUCCCGACAUCGACUACCACGAUUUCUAGAAAAAAAGCGAAGUUCAUUGGAUAGGUACAAAACUCAGGACGAUCUGGACGAUUACAAAAAAGAUAAAUCUCGUACAGGUAAGAAACUGCCCAAUGAUGGAAGAACGGUAAAAGAUAAACGCCAGCGUUGUUAUAGUGCUCUGUUGGGAGAGAACUUGGAUAUUCUUCUUAGUGAAGAAGGAGAAAAAUAUAGUAGUGAAGAAGUUGACGAAAAUAACCAAAAGGAAUGUAAAAUGGAUGAAUGCAACACUGACCUGAAAAUAACAAUAAAUAAUAGGAAUAAUGGGGCUAACAAUUUUUUUGCAAAAGAGGUAGGUAAUAUUUUAGAUGGUAUACAAAAUGAAAUUCGGAAUAAAAAUGUCACUACUACUCUAGAAUGUAACUAUCAUGUUGAAGCUAUUGAAAAAGUUGUUGAACCCAGUUGUGCUACCAAGACAAAAACUGAUUUAAUUAGUGAAAUUCUUCAGGAAAAAACGGCAGAAAUACUCAGUCUAAAUAAAAUAGAUAAGAAGAAAAGGGACAAGUCUGGAAAACAAGCCAAAUUAAAAGUAGAAGAUAUAUUUGGAGAGAGUUCUGUUGAUGAGUCACCAGAGAAGAAUGUACAAGAAUAUCAAAAAAAUAGAACUUCUACUGAAGAAAAUUGUAUAAAAAAACAAAAGGUACUAUUAAAUAAUAUAUUUGGUGAUGAAUCGAAUGAUAUCUUCAAGGAGGACGAUGAUUUUCGAAAUUUUAGAAUGUUAGUUGAAGCUGAUAAUGUCAAUCACACAAAACCCAAGAAGAGCAUGAAAUGUGCAAAGUUGGAGAUUAAAGAAAGCUUUGAAGGAGCAACAAGGAAGAAGGAGAAAAAGCUCGCGUCUUAUGAUAUUGGUCCAAAGAGAAAACGAAGUUCCGAUAAUGAUAAUAAAACUAUUAGGAGGAGCAAACGAGAACAGUCAGAGGCUGCAAAAUCAGACAUUUUUCUUUUAACAAAGAAACAGAGUAAUGAAUUAGAUUCUUAUGAUAAGGAUGAUGAGAAAUUCCAGGAAAUAAAAAAGAAAUACGAUACCAAAAAACUUAUUGAUGGCGGUGAUGAAGUUAAUAAAAAUAAACAAUAUAAAUCAAAAAUGUUUGCUGACAAAUAUUAUGAGGAACCUCCUCCACUAAUAUCUGACUUUGAAUACACUUUUGAGGGCGAGCUAAAGAAUUCUAAACAGUCAGCACUAGAACAAGAAAAAUCUACCGAAAAUUUUUCCAUUGCUUCUGAUAAAGAGAAGAAAGUAAAUCUUGAUAAAAAGUUGACGAUAGCAGGUAGGAGAAAUGAGGAAGAUAAGUGUGUAAUUCAAAAUGGAAGUGAUUUAAAAAACUCUACUCCUUUAACAGCAAGAAGAGAUAAAAAGUUUAAUGAAAAUGUUGAUACAUCAGAUAGAACAAAAAAGGUUAGUCACAGAAGAAAAUCAACAAAAUCCGAUAGCAAAGAUGAGAAUGAUAAGCCUACAACACAGAAUGAAAAUGAUUUAAAGAAUUCCGAACGUUCAACAACAGGAACAGUUGAUAAAUCUAGUGAAAAUGCUAAUACUGCUUUAGAUAAAAUGAAAAAUAUAAGUCAGAGGAGACAAUCAACGAGAUCAAAUAGUAGACAUGGUAGUGAUACAAAGCAAAAUAAAAGAUGUGAGAACGAUUUAUCUGAAACGCCGAACAAUGAAAGGGAUCUAAACAAUCCUAAAUCUCCAACAUCACCACGAUAUGCAAUAUGUAGUAAAAAUGUUAACGCUGAUUUAGAAAAAAAGAAUAAAACGCGCAAACGAAGAGAAUCAACAAGAUCAAAUAGACAUGAGGCUGAUACAUCUACGACGCCCGAUGAAAGUGCCGAUGGAAUUAAAACUAAUUCCAGGUCCCCAAAACCAGUCAAGAAUAAACUAUAUACAGAUAUUGGUAAAACUGGUGUUAGUUCGACUGAAAAGAAGGCUAUAAGAUCAAAAAUGUCAGAUGAAAUCAACGCAUCUACAAUUAUUAAUAAAAAACAUUUUGCAGAACCUCCUCCUAUACUCUCUGACUUUGAAUAUACAAUUUUAGAAGAUCUGAAGAAGUCACAGUCGGAAGAAAGUCCAACAAAGCUCAGCGUAAAUACUAAACCAGAGUCGCCUACAAAUAUAAUAGUAAGAACUUUUGAAAACACAGAAGAACAUAAAAAAUUGUUCCAGUCUCAUAGUUCUAAAGUUGAUUCUAUGCUGUAUUCUGGUUUAUUAAAAGAAACUGAAGUGCACAAAUUACCCGAGAAUAAUUCUGUUAGAAUCAGUGAUACGAAAGCAAAAUAUGUUGGUGCUAAUGCUAAGGCGACCAACAACUAUUCUGAAAGUCACACAGAUACAGUAACAGUACUGAAAAUACCAGAAGCAUAUAUAUCAGAAGAAUCGAAGAAGUCAUCUCCAACUUUGGACAACACAAACUCUGAAACUCCCGAAAAGGUUACCGUUGUGAGUGAUAUAAUGGUGUCACCGAGUAAGAAGAAGAUUAAUAAUUGUGUCAGUGACGACAAACCAAUACAGGAAGUUUUAUAUGUACAGACUAAUGAAAGUGUUGAUACCAUAGUGUUAAACUAUGAUAAAAUUACUUCAAAGCAAGAAAAAAGAAGAGGGCUAACAACAGAAGAAAUUUGUGUGAGCACGGAAUGUGUAAAACCAAAAUCUUUAUCUAGAAAAAACCUUUUACUUGAAAGAUAUGCAUCAGAAGAAAUAAACAAUAAAAAUUUGACAACAAGUACAACAGUUUCAUGUGUUAACGUCAACGAAAAUAGUGUACAAACUAAAAAUGACAAUGGCAUUCAUAACAAAAGGAAACAAAUUGACGAAAGUGUAGAUAUCAACCCCCCAAAAAAGAAAAAACCAGUAGAUUCUAUAGGUGACAAGCAAAACGAUGAGACCAGUCCUAAAAACAAAAUAACUAAGUCUGAUGCUAAUCAGGAAUUCUUUGGAACAUCAAAAGAUGUUAAACCAGUGAAACAACCAGCACGGAGACCUCGAAGAAGUAGAGAACGUAGUUCUGAACCUGAUCAAGUACUGAAAGAUACAGCCACGUCAGAAAAAGACGCGUGUACUCCAAAGAAAAGCAUUAAGAAAGAAAUGGCUGUAAAAUAUAAUGAAGAAAACACAGCAGCCACUAAAGAAAUAUGUGAAUCAAAAACGGAAAAACUCAAGCGAAAUGAGAACAAUCUAUUACUUACUAAAUGCAGAGAAGAUAAUAGUAAUAUUUGCAGCACAAAUACAGAGGAGGCCAAAGUUAUACGACAGCUGAAGGCUUUAAGUGAUUUAGACGUCCCACCUACUUACGGCAAUCAAAUAGCACCUGACGAACACAACAUCAACAUCAUUAAAUCUGCACAGCAUAAAUUUAGUGACGGUAAUCAACCAGAAAGUAAACAAAAUAUUAGUUCAUCGUGUUCUACUAUUAAAAAUCCAUGCAAUUCGUCCACAUGUUCCACAGAAUCACCUACACCUCGAAAACGAAUAACUCCUAUACCCGUCAAGGACGUACCUGUUUGUACGUUCACAAAUAUCCUUAAUAAAAGUGGUAACUUAACAAAACAAUUGCCGAAAAAAGUUGUGAUGAAUACUCACAUGCCGGAAGAUACCGAUAUUCCGAUUCUUCACCUCGAAGAAUUUAGUUUUAGUAACCUUGGUGAAGGUAAAACGCUCGAUAAAAGUAUUAUGAAGUUUUUGGACGGUUUUAGCGUAUCUAACUUAGAUUGCGAUGUGUCUAGAGUGAGUAAUGAAUCACAGAAAAAAGAACCGUUAACAUUCACGAACGUUUUAGAGAAAAUCAAUUCACCUUGUAGUAAUGUUGCCGAUUUUACCUCUCCCGAUCAACAUUUACCAAAGAUGACGACGUCGACACCAAAAGGUGCGGAACUUUCAGCACUUCAAUCGGAUCAGGCUGAAAAAACUCCAACUUCAGUCCCGAAGACUGAUAAAGUUGUUUUAUCCCCUCAGAUACAAGAAAAAGAACAUCAAAAUAAGGAUGUUAGUACUGAUGUAAAUAGUAAUAAAAAUAACGAAGCUGUUGACAGCGAAAAUGUUAAAAAUGUGCCUUUUACCAAUUUAAAUACUCCUGCAAGGUUUAGGAGAAGGUGUAGAAUCAUAGCCGUCAGGAAACUGUAAAAAUGUACUAUGUUACUUAUUUAUUCCCAGACAAAAUUGUAACUGACAUUGACCAAUACUAAAAUCCACGUUAUUUGUGUGAAUUUAUUAUUUCCAAAAAAUUAUAGUUCCUUUCUUAAGAUGAGCUGAGGAGUUAAUUUUGAUGAUUAGAUUUCAUGGCUUUGACUCCUUUUAAAUUGUAUCAAUAUGUUGGAUUACUGUAUGAAAUAGUACUCUUGCUUUCUUUUUAACUAACUUUUUUUGGUUGUUGAUAUGCAUUCAAAUAUGCCCAAUUUAUUCAAGAAUACAAAAAAUAGCAUUUCAUGUAUAGAGUUGUAUUUACUCAUUCUUAUAAAUUGACCUAUUCCUCGAUAUUGAUUCCUUUUCAAUUUAAUUCUUUACCGAAUUUAUUCCGAAUUGACACACAGAUUACCUUAAGGGGAAAGGAACAAAAUGCAAAAUUUUGACGCCUGUCAAAAUUUUUAAUGUAUUUUAAAUGUAAUCAUUUUUUUCGAAUCCUGAGAAAACUAAUAAGUAUUUUUGAAAAAUUUAAACGCAGAAUGAAAUAUUAUUUUAUUACCGAGGGCCGCAAGUCCCUUCGAAUGAAUAAAAAGUUUCUUUUGAGUGAGAUAUUUGAAAUUAAAAAUCACACUACAUUUUCUCUUAGUUUUUCACCCCUGUAACUUAUUAAAAUAAACAUUAUUCGAAGUUUUCGGGGACUUUCGGCCCUCGGCAAUAACGUAAUCUUUCAUUCUGCGUUUAAAUUUUUCAAAAAUACUUAUUAGUUUUCUCAGGAAAAAAUGGAUCCCAUUUAAAUAGCAUUGAAGCCGAAAGUUCGUACCCAUCCCCUUAAAGAGUAAUUGAUUUAGAACUAGCUUACUUUUAAUAAAUAUGUAUAUUUAAAAAUUCUGUGAUAUAAAAACGUGCAUUAAAAUUUACACUCUUUGUUCAAUAAUACAGGAAAUUACCCUUCCUUUCGUGAUUACUCAUCCAACGAUCAUCUUAAAACAGACGUUGAUAGUGAUCUAAAGAAUUAUAAACCUUCAACCUAUAAUAGUUACCUACUUAACGCAGAGAACAUAAUAGGGUACUUGUAGCACAACUACAGAUGAGGACAUGAGGAGUUAUACAACAGCUUCUUCUUCUUUAAAUGCCAUCUCCCAAUCUGAGGUUGGUUAUCAACAUCACUAUCUUUACUCUAUUACCGCUGUUCUGAAUAUUUCUAUGGAAGUGAAUUUAAACCAGUCCCUUAAAUUUUUCAACCAUGACACUCUCCUUCUUCCGUGCUCCUUCCUCCUCUUAUCUUUCCUUAUUAUCAGUCUUAGCAUUUCGUAUCGCUGUCCCCUUAUUACAUGUCCCAGAUAUUGUAACUUUCUUACUUUUAUUGUGUUUAUCAUUUAGUAUUCUUUGCCCAUUUUUCGCAAUACUUCCGGGUUUGUUUUCUUCUGUGUCCAUGCUAUUCUAAGCAUCCUCCUUCUGAAUGUUUAAUUUCAAAUGAGGUGUUACAGAAACAAAUUGUAGUUUAUUUAGGUAUGUGUUCUUGAUUUCAAGUACAUAUGUUCAGCUUUCAAGUACAUAUUGCAGUAUCGAAAACACGUAGCAUCUCAGAGCUCUUACUCUCAGUAAGAAAUGUACAAUAAAAAUGUAUUACAGAAAGCAGAAAGCUUCAAAUGAUUUAGUCGUUUCAACUACUCCCUACAACAAAUGAACACCAGAAGAACAAAAUAAUGACAUCAUUAAAUCUGCACAUUAUAAAAAUAGUGUCGAUAGCCAAGAAGGAAGUACACAAAACGUUAGUUCAACGUUUUCUAUUAAGGAUUCACGCAAUUGAGGCUCCAUAGCAUUAUCAAAACCUAAAAGAAUAACUGCUAUAUCCUUUAAAUAUGUUCCUAUUUGUUCAUUCAUAAAUAGUCUUAAUAAAGUGAUAAUUUAACGAAACAAGCUCGAUACAAACAUUAUGAAGUUUUUGUACGGUUUUAACGGUCUAACUUGGACUGCGAGAUAUCUCUAGAGUGAGUAAUGGAAGUAAGAAAAACCCAUGAAAAGUUAACGGUUUUAAGAAGAUCAAUUCACCUUGUAGCCUGUUGGAAUUUUUACCUCUUCUGGUCAACAUGUACUCAAAAUAACGACGUCGACAACGAAUAAUAUCGAAUCUUCACCAAUUCAAUCCGACAACACUGAAAAAACUCAAACUUCAGUCCCGCAGAUUUAUCAAUUAUUAUCUUCUUAUAUAUAUAUAUAUAUAUAUAUAUAUAUAUAUAUAUAUAUAUAUAUAUAUAUAUAUAUAUAUAUAUGUUCUUGAAUUCCUAAGUGGAGCAUAGAGCUUCAGUGAAAACGCGCCAUCGGGUUCUAUUUUGCGUUAAGGUCUUCACCUCAUUCCAAGACUUUCCUUGACCUCUUAUCUCGUCCAUGAUGGAUCUUCUUCAAGUUUGUGCUGGGCGACCUCUUUUUCUUUUUCCUUGGGAUUCUUAAGGGACUCUUAGCUGUAAUAAAAUAAUCAUCACAAUAAGGAUCUUGUACGGAUUUAAAUAAUAAUAACAGUCCCAAAGCUUUUGAAAACAUAAUAUAAAUGUACAAAGAAAGUACUGAUGGAAAAAAAUUCUAAACUUACAAAAUAAGUCAAAAAUAAAGUUACUUAGAGGCAUUGUUAGAGCUGCUGGUAGUUAAGAUUUUAAAUAGAAAAUUUCAGAUAAAAAUCAACGCAUCUACAAUUAAGUAAAACGUUUUGCAUAACCUCCCUGUAUACUCUGAGUUUGAAUACACAAUUAUAGAAGGUCUAAAUAAGCCCAGAGUCAAAGUCCAAAGGAAGGACAAACAGGUUUUUGUAAAAAUAUAAUAAGUUCUAAAAACAUAAAACGUAAGAACAUAAAAUAUUUGCUUCAUUUUAAUCUUGGAUCUCUGCUAGAUUUUGAGUUAUUAAAAUAAACUGAGGUGCACAAAUUACCCGAGAAGAAUUCUACUGAAAUCAGUGUAAUGGACACAGAAGUUUGUACAAAUACUGCGACGAUCAAGUACUAUUUUGAGAAUCAUACACUACGGACAAUAUGGAAAACGUCGGAAGCAUUUAUACUAGGAGGAAUAAAGGAAUAUUCAACGAUCUUGAAGAAACCAGCGUUUUAUUAUGUAUCCUGGUCGUUUUCUAUGCAAUAAGUAUGUGUGACUUAUACAAAGAUGCAGACAGUGGUAACUUCUGUCUUGAAGUGUAUUGAAUUCUGAGUAUAUUAUUAUUAUUAUAUAUUAAUACUUCAGACGAAAUAAUAGUAUUUUCAAAGAAACAACAGCAUGAUGUGCAUUCAGAUCAGAGUGGCUUGUUAUGAAAUACAGAAACUUGCACCUCCCUUCUUUCUUAAGAUGUACUGUCCCUUUCGAUGAUUCAAUUCCAAGAUUUUAUCUCUAGAUGUGUUUUAAAUUUAAUCUUUUGUCAAAUAUUUUUAGUAUGUCAAUAGAGCGAUUGUUACAGUUUUGUCUUAUAGGAUUUUUAUUACAAAUACUGCGAAUAUAAUUAUUUCAGUUACAAAAUUGUAGAAAUUAAAUACAAAUGUAACUCUACCAUAUUUAAAAAUUAUUGCUAAUAUAUUUGCCAUCAAAACAGUUUUAAAUAUAAUUCCUUCAGGAAAAAUUAUGUGAAUUAUUUAAAAUUCAAACUAAAAUUUGGCGGACUAAAAUGUACCGGGUGUCCCAAUAAGAAUGGCUCUCGGCCAUAUCUCAGGAACCGUUUAUACUACAGCUUUGGGAAAAAAAAUUAUAACAAAAGUUGCAUCGGGAAAAGCGGGGAAAUUAUUUUCAUAAUAAUUGUAGGUCCACCGCUAGAGGGUAUAAUUGAAUAUCAAAAAUUAAAACAUCAAAAUUUUACAAAAUUUGCCUAAUGAACGGGCACUGGAAAUCCGAUGAUCGUAUACUUCAUAAAAUUCUGCGCAUAUUUGAUUUCACAAGUUUAAGUCUACCUUUGCAAAUAAGGUGAGGGUGAGUGGAAACCUUGUUAUGAAAAAAUGGCUGUAAGUCCGGUUCUGCUAAAUCGAUUUUUGCAAACUCGGUCUUGUUGAAAACAGCUCUUUUUCGUCCAUGUAAGAGUUAUAAUUUCGAAACAGCCUAAUAUAGUAUGCCAGCUAGGAGGCGCUAUUUAAUUUUUUUCAGACUUCUAGUUUUCUUUGGAAAAUAUUAAAUACAAGUACCUAGGCAUUUUUAACACUGCAUAACAAAAUUAGACCAAAUUAGCAACAUAAUUGCGAAAACCCCAUGCCGAUACCUUUUUUAUGU